CCACAUGGUCUUAAGACUCUGAUUACUACUACUACUUUGCUUUCCACGCCAUCAAGAGAAGAAGACGCAGGCGGGACACCUCCCCAAAAGUACAACCACCACCGCACACUGCCUAGAACCACGGCCCCCCGGCCCGGAAAAAAAAAAAAUCUUGAUCGCCACCGCAAUUUCACCAUGCAAGACAACAAUUCUAAAGAACCCCUCCUUUUAUCUUCCCCAAGGGAAGCUGACAAACCAGAUGAAGAGUCCCAAGAAUACCUCUUAGGACGCUCUAACAUUUCCUUCGCUUCGUCCUUCGUCGCCGAUGCUGACGACAUCCCUCCCAUCAACGGAGUCCGUGAUUUCUUCCGAGAAUUCACCAUCGAGUCCAAGAAGCUCUGGUACCUCGCCGGCCCGGCUAUUUUCACCUCCAUCUGCCAGUACUCUUUAGGUGCCAUCACGCAAACCUUAGCCGGACACCUCGGCACUCUAGAGCUCGCUGCCGUCUCCAUCGAGAACUCCGUCAUCGCCGGCCUCUCUUUCGGUAUCAUGCUCGGAAUGGGAAGUGCGCUGGAGACGCUAUGCGGACAAGCGUACGGAGCAGGACAGAUUGAGAUGCUGGGAGUGUAUAUGCAGAGAUCAUGGGUUAUCCUCAAUACCACCGCCUUAAUCUUAAUGCUUUUGUACAUUUUUGCUGAGCCAUUUCUGAGAUUGAUUGGCCAAACUGAAGAUAUAUCAAGGGCAGCCGGGACUCUAGCGGUUUGGAUGAUUCCUCAGCUGUUUGCGUACGCAGCGAAUUUUCCAAUUGCCAAGUUCCUGCAAGCCCAGAGUAAGAUCAUGGUGAUGGCUUGGAUUUCGGUAGUUGGGUUGGUGUUGCACAGUGUUUUUAGCUGGCUGCUCAUGCUGAAGUUUGGGUGGGGCCUGGUGGGCGCCGCCGUGGUUUUGAACUUGUCUUGGUGGUUCAUUGUGGUGGCGCAGCUGCUUUAUAUCUUUAGCGGGACUUGCGGGCGAGCUUGGUCAGGAUUUUCUUGGAAGGCUUUCCAAAAUCUGUGGGGUUUUGUUAGGCUGUCUCUUGCAUCGGCAAUCAUGCUAUGCUUAGAGACAUGGUAUUUCAUGGCAUUAAUUCUUUUUGCGGGAUAUUUGAAGAACGCUGAAGUUUCUGUUGAUGCUCUCUCCAUAUGCACAAACUUAUUGGGUUGGACAGUUAUGGUUGCCGUUGGGUGCAAUGCAGCUAUCAGUGUAAGAGUUUCAAAUGAGCUCGGGGCAGCUCAUCCAAGAACAGCAAAAUUUUCUGUUGUAGUAGUUGUCGUAUCGUCUUUCCUGUUAGGUGUCGUCCUUUCGGCCAUUCUCCUUAUCUUCCGGCAACAGUAUCCAUCCUUGUUUUCAAACAGCGAUGAAGUUAAAAGCCUUGUCUACGAGCUUACGCCAUUGCUUGCCUUCUGUAUCGUUCUUAACACUAUUCAGCCAGCUCUUUCAGGAGUGGCUAUUGGAGCGGGAUGGCAAGCUCUAGUUGCUUAUGUAAAUAUUGCAUGCUACUAUCUGUUUGGCAUUCCUUUAGGUCUAUUGCUGGGUUAUAAGAUCAACAUGGGAGUCAAAGGAAUCUGGUACGGAAUGGUAUCAGGAACGGCUGUACAAACCGUAGUCUUAUUCUGGAUUGUCUACAGAACAAACUGGAAUAAAGAGGGCCAUUACAUGGAGUCGAAAAGGGAAUUAGUCCUCCUUAUUAUUGUAUUCUGACGUUCUUGGUACGCAAAUACAGGCUUCUGUCGCUGCAAAAAGAAUACAACAGUGGGGAGGGGAGCCAGACGCCAAAGCAAAUGAUGUAGAGACAUGAAAAUUGGAUUCAUCUAAUAUCCGGUCAUCGAGGUUUGCCACGGACGCGUGUGUGAUGAAAUUUUUUGGAAGGGUCCUUCCCAACUUGGCUUCCACAGGCGGCCAAGAGUGAUGUAAUCUGAUGAGCAGUUGCUGCUCAACCCGAUGAAGUAUCUCUUUGAUGGUUUAUAAAAUUUUGCCGUUCUUAGGAAAAAAAAACCAGAGUGUACGGUUGUAACAAAUACCAGAAUGUUUUCUACCUCGAAUUUUUCCUUUUGUUUUAUCUUUUUUUUUGGUUCAAGGGAAUUUCAAAUCUUAUAAAGGAGAAGGGAAUUUCAAAUCUUA